AGGACGAGAGCUCGGUGGCGGCGCUGAUGGAGGCUUGCAUUACGGAUGACGACAAGCUGUACCUGUGUGUGUCGUCACCGACAAUCCGCGACAAGCCGGUGCAGAUUCGGCCAUGGCGGCUCGCCGAUGCCGACUUCGUUCUGGACGCCAGCAUGCCGCUCGAUCCGCGCAAGACGGUGUUCGUCGGCGGCGUGCCGCGCCCGCUCAAGGCUGUGGAGCUGGCUAUGAUAAUGGAUCGUCUGUACGGCGGCGUCUGCUACGCCGGGAUCGACACCGACCCAGAGCUCAAGUAUCCCAAGGGCGCUGGCCGCGUGGCGUUCUCGAACCAGCAGUCUUACAUCGCCGCCAUCUCGGCACGCUUUGUUCAGCUGCAGCACGGCGACAUCGACAAGCGGGUCGAGGUGAAGCCGUACGUGCUGGACGAUCAAAUGUGUGACGAGUGCGCGGGCGCACGCUGCGGCUCCAAAUUUGCGCCGUUUUUCUGUGCCAACGUCACGUGUCUACAGUAUUACUGCGAGCACUGCUGGGCUACGAUCCAUUCUCGUCCGGGGCGUGAGUUCCACAAGCCCCUGGUGAAGGAGGGCGCUGAUCGACCGCGAGCAGUGCCUUUCCGCUGGUGUUGAGCUCAUGUAGGAGAGGGAGAGGCAUUGCGAGGGGCUGGAAGGAAGGGAUGUUAAUAAAAAAAACACUGGUCGAGGAGGUAUUCUUUAGAUUUGCAUAUAUAAAGCUGUUACGAAUCAGAAGAGCAAAUGCAAUUCCAAAGAUAUUUUAAAUAAAGCUGAUUAUCUAUUCAAAUCUAAAGAAGCCUUUGAUGCAUGCUAAAAAUUUUUAAUUUUUCCCGGCCAGGGAUUUAAGCAAGGCUUUUGAUAACGUUGGUAUUGGUUGUAUCGUUUUGAUCCUUUAUUGAUACGAAAUUAGUGAAUUAUAUUGUAGUUUAAUUAGUGUACAAGCCAACGAAUAAUCAACUGUAGCUUCGAUGAUGCCUCUCCCUGAUAAGACAUGCUUGUCCUCACUAUGACAGGUUCACGCAAGGCACCGACGCGUGUUAGGGCCGCUGUUUUAUACCAUCUCACUUAUCACUAUAUUACUAUAUAGAUGAUGCAGCUUUUAGCCUAAGCAUAUUAAAAUGGCGGUCGACAACCGGACAUGACUAGCAAUCGUCGAAGACGACGUUUAGAUUAGUAAAGGCAACAUUAUCCAAAGUUUAAACGUAAUUCUAAGCAAAAUAGUAUUCAAGUAAGAGUCGCGCGUUUCUAUAUUGCCCUGUUUGUGAUUUGGAUGGAGCAAUUUGGGAAUGUGGGGACUUUGUUGUAAGCAAAAUAUAUCCAAAAGUAACUUAGCUAGUUGUCAGUGCGUUUGUGGGUAAGCUCUAUACCAAGCAGUGUCGCAACAAAAGUGCCGUGGCACAUUUUUGUCGCGGCGCUCUCUUACAUUAAGAUUAAAGUAAUAUGUAAGUGAAUGUCAUUUCUCGAGAACAUUAUUGUACCUGUGUAGCUAGAGUGAAUUUCCCAAUUUCCCUUGUAUUUUUCUAUUUGGAUAUUGUUGCUCUCGUUUUUCGACAUUAAGACGGAUUGUGACGGCGUUGUUUAUUUGAUGAGUUUGGAUCGGAGCACGUGUAUCUGUGAACGAUAUUCACGAUUUUCGAUUUUCCUCAGGAUGUGUUCAGAGUGGUUUUGUUCCUAAUGUCGCUACCGUUUUGUUUACUUGGGAGGCGGUAUGGACUGGUGUUAGUACAAAAAUGAAAACGUUACCAUUUUUGGCUGUAGUUACCACGGUUAUUCUUAUAUUUUUUUAGUCUUGUAGUAUAAUAUCUUAUAUUAGAUGAAAUGUAUUUUUUAAUCCGCCGGGAUAGUGCAAUAGAUAGUAGUUUAGAUAUAUGAAAUGGGGUUGAUUUCACCCUUCGCUCUGCUGUCAUCGGGAGUACGACGGUGCGGUGCUUUGCAAAUUCAAGUCGUUGAAAUCCAAUAAAUUAGGAAUUUAUUAUGGAAGUCUUAUCUUUGUUUAGUGGUCAAUUGAUAAUUAGAGCUGUAUAAGAGCAAUCAGGAUUUAUUAAGAUUGGAUUUGGCAUGGGGUUUUUAUCAAAUAAUAAUUUUAUCGAAUCAAGUCUGUUAUGAGACCCUAGUUUUUUCUAUGAUUUGAGACAUAUUUUUUUGGAUUGUGAAACUUAUGAUUAAUUAAUUAUUUCCAUUAGAUCUUUAAUUUAACUCUAUUAUUAUUUGGAUGAUAUAAUUAUAUUUUAAUCAAUGACGACAUACAUACAUGCAUCUUGGAGCAUGAUAUAAGCAAGGUAUGAGAGGAAAUAUUUUUUUGUACUUAAACGGAUACAGAUUUCGUAUCCCGACCGACCACGGAAGUUUAUAGACUGUAGAUAAGACUACGUGAGUUUUUGAUGAUUUUUUCAUGAUUUUUGUAAAAGUUUUUUCGUGUCGUGUUUUUCUCUGUUAUUAGUAAGGCGAAGUGCCUUGUGCGACGAAUGAAUUGGUGUACCCCUCCCAUAGGCAUUUACAAAUGCAGAUUUUAAUUAUUUCAUACCCAUUAUGUUUUACCGUCGAUUCAUUGAGUAAAUUUCAUGCCCUCUUGUGUCGUAAAAACCAAUGGGGCUACAAAUUGUAGCGAAACAGUAACAGCGUCGCGUUGGGUCUAACUUUAAUUAUUAUAAAGUACAGCUAUCUUGCGUUAAUUCGGGAUCGACUAGAUUUAAAAUGCACACACGUGCGAGAUAAUACUAGUACCUAGUUAAAUUCUACUAUAUCUUUAGAUUCUAUUAGAUUCCCUUUAUAUAUAUAACACUGUUUGCACUUACAUGCUCAGUCAGGUCGCAACAUGGUUUAUCAUCUUUCAUCUAUUUUUGUGACUUUGGCUCUUCAUUGAUCUCCGCUUCGUUUACAAAGGUUAGUCACAAAGCAAAUUGGUGUUCGUAAUGUGCAAGUCGGUGGUACCUCUAUUCAAAUCCUCUUCUGCGAGAAGCUAAUUGGCUCUAAAUUUUUUCUAGUAAAUCUCUUCUUUCUAUUAUCUAGCCGGCCACAACGUAUUUUAAACGUGCCGGAUGUGUGUGCAUUUUCCACCCAACAUUGCUCAAAGUUUUCUAAAGUGCCCCCUUAAGCCCUCCCUAGUGGUACAGGACGCGUUUGUGUGUUGUGGUCGCACUGUCCCAUUUUGUAUUUUUAUAUUUUUAUAAAAAAAAAUUGAUUGUGAAAUUCGGACGUGAUUUAUUUAUUUUUACGACGCAACGUUGUAGCUAAAGUACGCUAGCGUUUUAGAUGUUUUCUACGUUUAUAUAAUGGCUUUGGACUACCGAGCAAUCGGUGGUCCGCUGCCCGCGAAUUGGUGUUAGAUUAAAAAUAAACUGAGGUGAUUGGAUGGGAUAUGAGGUCUGUGACGCGUGGUGACGUAGACAAAUGACGUCAUUUUAACGGUUUGACUGCACUGGUCGGGAAGUAGAUUUUAUUAGUUAUUUUUCAAUUUUUAAUCUCUUAUUGUUUUAUAGCCGCAAGGUCUUAUCCAAAAUCUACAAUCCAACAGAUGUUGAGUUUUUGAAGAGGAAUUACUGAUUUUUGGACGGCCCUUUAUUUUGUUUUUAACAAAGAAUUUCAAUAAUUAUUGUGAAUAUUAUCUGCAUGUAGAUUUUGGAUAAGAACAUAGAUUGGUUUCGUUACUGGACACAGGCUUGUCAUUGUUUGCGGAGUUUGUUCCCGCGGCCUCGUGUUUAGACUGUCCUUUAGUUUAUACUCGAUUGUCGAGUUUUUUUCUCUUGAGUUUGUAUGGUUUAGUAUUUUAGUUGUUUUGACCAGUUUAGCCGCGGGGGUGUUUUUAGUUUUCGAGUAGUUUGUAGGACGAUUGCUUGGUUUCUUGUUUACCUCUAUUCUUGUUGUAAGUUGUCUGUUUUCUAUUAUUAGCGGCUGUUUGGAGGCCGUGUUUUUUUUUCAACCUUUUAGAUAGUAAUUUUGUCGCAUUCGCAUAUCACGUGUGCACUGUGCGGGGGGCAUAGCGGUGACGUUUGACGUUUAGGAUUUUUGACUUUUGUGACUAUACUACCCCUUCUUUUGUAAACUUCUAGCCAAUUGUGAAAUUAUUGUUAUACGAUUUCGUCGCCUCGUCUUUGUCCCGGGUGUGUUUAUUUGCACGAUCACUUGCAUGUAUAUAGUAAUGUUGAUUCUUAGUGAAAAAAAUAUUAAAAAAUCCGCAAAAAAAAGUUUUUGUAUCGAGUCACGGCCGCGGACCGAGAUUAGUGAAUUUUUAUCUCUGCACUCGCCCGAAACGAUUGGCGGCUUGUAAGUUUCUCGUAAUAAUAGAAAUUCUAGUGAAAUUAUUACAUUAAAAUAUAAUAUAAUAAUAAAUAGUGAAUGUAGCGCAAUUCAUUAAUUAAAUACUAGUUAAAAGUUAAUAGUACCUAAUACCCUUAAUGUUGCUAGAUGUUCGUUUGUAAAAAGGUUUCGUGCACUAUCGUUUGAAUAUUUUUCUAAUUGCAGUUUAAUAGUUUGGGAAUUUUGAAAAUGGCCGGGUUUAAGGUGUAUAGGAAAUAUUUUUUUAGUGAAUUAUAUCGAUGAAAAACCGACUCCCUACAAUGAUUUGUGGUUGGCAAUACUUUUUAUAUCCCUGGAUCCGUAGAGACGCAAAAUUCUUAAUAUAUUCCUGGAUCCUCAGCCUAUUGAUCAUACUAGGAUUGCUUGUUUCUACAAUAAGAAUACGCCAUAAAUGUCUCAAAUAUACAUAUCUAUGAGCUGGGAUAUCGUAACUAUUGCCAGUCGCCAUUUUACCAUAGACACUGAAUUGUUUUCGGUAUAUCUGUGUUGCUUGUUUAAAUUUUCGCGGUAAAUUGGAGUCGGUCGUAAAAUAUAUUAUUUCAAAUUAGAAUUAUAUAUUUUUAUAGAUGGUUAUUUCUAACAAGUUACUACAAUCAAUUUUGUUGAUGUUCCGAAUGGCGGUUGUCGAGCUAUAGACAGUCUUAUUGACGUAAGAUUGUAAGUAGAAAAUGUUAAUAUGAUCCAUGGGGCAUUGUCCUUUCUCAAUCUUUAUUACUAAACGAGAUUUAAAUCAGCAAAAAUAAUUAAAAUAAUAUCCAAAAUUGUCCCAAAUGUUUUAAAAUUUCUUAAGAAGCUAAGAUAUCGUCUAUGCCUCUACAAACGCCAUAUCCGAACGAUAGGUAAAUAAUUUGAAUACAUUAUUAUCAAUUGAUAUUUGUAAAGAAUUUUAUUUUUUUCUAUAAAUUGUAUCAAAUAUGUUGAUCGUUUUGCCCGAUUUGUAAGAAUUGUUUAUGAAUUUUCACAAAAAAAUUGGAAAGAGCGAUGAAUUUGUAUGACCGCGGAUAUUGUUUUAAAUAAAGUUUUGUCAAUCUGGUCUAUCGGAUAUAAAUUUCAGUAUACUGUUUCACUGUGUACCGAUCAGCGGUUUGUCAUUAGAUUGUCUAUUUAUUGAAGAUUCGUCAUUAGAUUACCUAUCUAUUGAUUGAAGAUUCGACAUUAGAUUGCCUAUCUAUUGAUUGAAGAUUCGUCAUUAGAUUGCCUAUCUAUUGAUUGAAGAUUCGUCAUUAGACUGUUUAUUGAUUGAAGAUUCGUCAUUAGACUGUUUAUUGAUUGAAGAUUCGUCAUUAGACUGUUUAUUGAUUGGAGAUUCGUCAUUAGACUGUUUAUUGAUUGAAGAUUCGUCAUAAGACUGUUUAUUGAUUGAAGAUUCGUCAUUAGACUGUUUAUUGACUGAAGAUUCGUCGUCACUAGUAAAACACCUUACCAUGUCCAGUAAAAAUGAAGUAUCGCUCUAUCCAAGUAUUCAGCGCAUCAGUGGUUUUAAAAAUUUGUAAAGUAUUAUAAUUAGCGACGCAACGGUCGCCGGUUUGAAGAUGAAAUUUUGUUAAAGUAGCGCUUUUAGCUCCUUGUUUGAUUGCGACGGGUUAUUUUAGAUAAUUGUGGAGAUAUUAAAAUGAAUUUGAAACUUAUUGCGUUUUAUGUAUUAGUGUAUUUUGUUUUAACAUCAUAUUAUUAUAGUUUAACGUGUUGUUUUCUAUUUGUAGUUGCUGGAAUUUAUUAUGACGGGAUAUGUAUUUUGUGAUUUUUUUUGUAGAUUUUAGUUCUUUUUCUGAAUAUGGCGGCAUUUGUAUUAAGCUAGGAUAUCAAUGAGUUAUUUACUUUAAGAUUAAAUUUUAAUUAUUUUAUAUAAUUUUUAAAAGGUAUACUUCGCCAUGGAUUUUUUAUGCUUUUUUCUUGGAGAUUGAAACAUUUUAAAUUUAAUGUUAUAUUUCGUAAUUGCUGAAGCAUGCACCUCACUCAUGCAUUCUUGGGGUGUAUAACUUCUUUAGGGUUUCUACUCUGGGUUUAGUUGAUUAUAAACUGCCGUCAUAAUAGUGUCCGGUACAACUGCUCUAGGUUAGUUAUAUUUCCGACUCAUAUCCAUUUCCAAUGCAGUGGCUCCCACUUCUAGUAAUAUUAAGUACAUACAAUUAGCUGCACCAUUUUCUCCACUAACGACCAAAGACAACGUCCCAAAGACAUGAAAAAGACACGGCGUGUUGCCAAAUCCUAGAAUUCCCAAUUUCGGAGAAGAUGCGCUAGGGGCCCGUUUAGUUAGUUGCUUGUUUUGAUACAUUAUUUUUGAAUUUAUUCCUAUUUAUUUUUUACUAUGUUUUUGUAUAACGUUUUUUUUUGUAUUCAAUUUUUAGCGUAGUUCUUAUUCAGUAUUUUAUAUAAAUAUAAAUUAUGACGUAUUAGCUUGGCGUAAUGCACAUUGGCCGUAAUUGUAUAAUUACAUGUAAAAUUAUUAUCAAUAGGCAAAUAUAUGUAGUUUAAAAAUUCAAUUGGAACUUUACAUUUUAUUUAUCCCUUAAAUCCUUUAGAUCAAAUAAAUUUGUAUUUCACGUCUAGAUCUCGGAAUUUCUAUUUCCUCUUUGCAUGCAGUAAAAAAUCGCUCUUUAAAUCUUACCAAUGUCUCUCAGAAUAAAAAAUUGGGGCAUUGGGAAUCAUUUAAGUAAAUUUUGAAAUUUUGCUUAGACGUGCUAUAUAUUGGCAAUCUUCAUAGUAAUUGGUCUAAGGGAUGUCAAAGGAUAUUUCUAUUUAUAAUACAAUUGUGUUUUAUAUAUUUAUAUAAUAUGUAAACGAUUAUUAUGUAGAGAUGUAGAAGUUGGGUUUUUAUUUAAUAAUUAAGAGUGAUUAUUUUUGUUGUUUGAAUACAUAGUGUUACAUUAGCGGUAACCGACUUGGGGGAUGAUUUUGCGGGUAUUUUUUUUUGCUGGCAACUUACAUCUGUAAACUUACACUUGGACUUUCUGUUAUAAAAAUAUCAAACCGAAAGUAUUCCUAUCCCUUGCAUUCCUCUCGGGUCUUACCUUCGAAUAUGUACUAAAUUAGUCUACAACUGGAGAUUUUUUUUUGGAGAACCAGUAACUUUAAGGGCUACAUUACACCGCGACACAAGGGUGGGGAAACCAGUCGCCGCUACCAAUUUACGGCCGUCUUCAAUAACCUAUCUAUCCUUAGUUUAACUUACUAGAGGUAGACAAAUCUAUCCUUUUACGCUUACUUACAUUUCAAUAACCUAUCGACAUAAAGCAUUGAACUAUAAUUAUAUUGAACAUAACUACGGAUAGAUAAGAUUUUGUCAUUAAACGGUGACAGCAAUGUAUCCGUAACUAGAGAUACGAUAUUGAAAACGGCCAUAAUUGUAUACAGCUCUACAAGCCAUUACUUUCGUCCGUUUGUUUGCGCAACUAAUUUGGUGGCGCGACCAGCUCGGACGCGUCAUGACUGGUGUCCUUAGGGUGACUAGUUUGGCAGCUUACGGACACCACGCGCGACUGGCUGCGCUACCGUGGUGUCCCGAUGAAAUAUAGCCCAAACGGUUAGAUUCUCUAUCACAAUACGCAAACAACUGUAUUGUUGUCACUGUCUCCAUAACAAUGGAAAAAAGAAACAAUAUACGAAUUGGUCAUGGAUAUUAUUUUAAUGAAACGCUGUAGCGCCGGAGAUAAUAAUGUAUGAAAACUGGCUCGCAUAUUUUAAACGUUUCGGGUUAUGAGUUAGCGUUAUUGCGAACAUUAAACCAUAUUGGCGAAAGCAUGGGAAGUGUUAAUAAAUUGGCACAAAUACAUUUUAAAAUUUACUUUAUGAACUCAUUACUUAAUUUUUUUAAUUUUAUUUGAUUUAAAUAUAUUCUCUGCUUAUAUAAAUUAGAGAUUUGAGGUAUAUUUAUGAUAGCAUUGUAUUCAAAUCAUGAAUACUAUUGAAACCUAUAAAAAUAUCAUGAAAUGUGCUAAUAUAACAGUUUUACUGAUACUAUACUCAAGCACUCCGUUUUACCUAUCAAAGACGGAAAGAAACUCGGGUAGAUAACGUCCUAAAGUUGCCAGUAAUAAUAAUAAAAUAUUGCAUUAAGUAACCUUGUAACUUGCACCCUCCAAGUCUGUAGGUAUCGUUUAAACUUGAAUACUUGAAUUUUUAUAUGAAUUUUAUUAUCAUAUGGUAUUUUACUAAAUAUUAGUCCAAUAUUAAAUAUUUCA